AAUUUCAGUAAAAUUCUGAGACCCCAAUUAAAUGAUUUUUUCUGAAGGAUGAAUACAACGAAAUCGUUUUUUGCGAGAAAAUGGAAACGUUAUUCAUUUUAUGGUCUUGUUGGUUCUGCUGUUUGGCAUUAUAUCUAUUACACAAUCGAGUUCAAUGAAAAUGUCAGGAAACCAGAGGAACGACGAGAUAUGGCAUAUGUUCAUUGGUUAAAGAAACAGUUCCCUGCACUGAGGCAAUAUGGUAUUCCAUAUAGGGAAAAAUCAGUGGACAAAAAAUGAUUAUUAGAUGCUAAAAUUUAGGGGCUGGUAAAGUUUCGGGAGAAAGUCAACAAAUUGUAUGAAAGCUGUACAGGUUUGUAAGUAAUUAGGAUUACUCACUGCAUUUGUUGUGGUUUUUGUUGUGUAAUGAAGUUACAAGAUUUUAACUUAUGCUUUAUGUGAAGCGCAGUACUUAUGAAAUACGAUGAAAAGAGUAUGGUGGAAAUAUGGUUGGUUAACAUGAUGACAAAGUUCCGGUUGUUAAAAAUUUCAGUAACCAGUGGAGCGAGUUAAAUUUCUUAGAAUUAGACAAA